AAUCUUAUUGGUUGACCCAGGUCAUGCAUAUGUAAUUUGUAAGGUCGGGGGGAUAAGGCUUGGGAGGGGCAGACACCUAUAUGUAAUACACUUCCCCCAAUAUCUAAAGCUAUUAGACAAGAAGUUGUUGUUAGCAAGAGAACUCAUUCCCUACGGCAGCAGCAUGGCGUUUGAGCCCUGGAAAGACUACCUCCAGCUGGGGGCGCUAGUGCAGACAAUGGCACGAGAGAGGAGAAUACACGGACAGCAACAAGUGUCUCUGUUUAACACUGCGGGGGAAGAGAGUGCCAGCUUGCCAGUCAUGGAGGUGCCAAAUCAGAGUGGAAAUGCCACCGCACAGCUUCUCUUAGCCAGAAAGCCCACUGAUGUUCCUAGGCUUUACUGUCCACAGGAGGAGGCCACCAGUUUCUUCAUCCAGAAGAUGGACAAUAAAAAGGGGAAUUGCAGCCCUAAACCAACUGCAACUACAAACUGCUUUAAGGUUCCUGCAAGUGAUAUUCAGGUUGAGGAGGACAAAACCUUCCAGAUCCUCCUUGAACCCAAACUGGAUGGAAACUUUAACAAUCGUCCUGCUCAUAAGACUCAAGCUGUAAAGGACACCUGCCUCCAAGUCCAGCAAAGGGCAAAUAAGAUUGAGACUGGUACCCCUGAGCCACCAUCACCCAGCACCCGUUGUGCUUCUAAUGCCAAUCCACAUGGAGAGGGCAGCAAUGCAGGUGACAAGCUGAACAACCCAGACACGCAGAGCAGCGUUAAAGAACAAGGUGCAACUGGGAAGUUCUGCAUCUUCUGCAAACACAACGGGGAGUCCAGCAGAGUGUUCACCUCCCACACUUUGAGGAAUGCCAAUGGCUCAGUCAUCUGCCCCGUCCUUUGGAAAUACACCUGCCCCUUGUGUGGGGCGACAGGGGACCUCUCCCACACUCUCAGGUAUUGCCCCUUCAAUGAUGAAAAAGGCUGCCUCUAUGACAAGAGCAGGCGCAAUUCUUCUGGUUCCCUGCCCAGGCGCUAAUCUAAAGGACACAAUAAAAGGUUCCGUUAUA